CUGCAAAGCCAUGUGCUAGUCCACAGUAACGCAGUAUCCGGUUACCUGCUCCACCAGUUCAUACUUAUAAAAGCAUGCUACUGAGGAAUUCAGUACGCUUCUCAGUUGAAGACGCGGUUGGAGUUGUCAUUUGUAAAUUCAAGCUAUGAUAAUAUGCUGUGUGAAGUUGCUGCUCACUUCUUGAUACUGUAUGGAUCUCAGCGUGGUCAGGCUCAGUCAAUAGCCGAAGAGAUUUGCGAACAAGCAGCUGAGUAUGGAUUAACAGCUGACAUCAGCUGUCUGAGCAACCAGGACAAGUACAAAGUGGAGAGUGAAAUCCGCCCAGUUGUUUUUGUGGUUUCCACAACCGGGGAUGGUGAUCCUCCAGACACUGCUCAGAAGUUUGUGAGAAAGAUCAAGAAUAAAUCUCUGCCGCACGACCACCUCUCCCAUCUGCGUUAUGCACUGUUAGCUCUCGGAGACACAAACUAUGCAAAUUUCUGCAACGGAGGCAAGACCAUUGACAGCCUUCUUCAGCGACUUGGUGCUAAACAUUUCUAUGCCACUGGGCAUGCAGAUGACGGCACUGGACUUGAAGUAGUGGUGGAUCCUUGGAUUGAGGGACUCUGGGACGCUCUGAAAAAAAAAUUAUCCGGCAUGUCUGCUUCAGAUCAAACUGGCGAUACCCGUAGUGACUGUACCCAGGACAAUAAUCAUAAAAAUGCAUCUGGCCAGGAAAAAAACAAGUCAGAUGUAGAAGUUGAUCUUCAUCUUUUGAAGCUGGGUGAAGUACACUCACAAAAUGAGACAAAUGUUACAUCAGACAGCACUGAUGCAGAGACUCACUCUUCUACGUUGGUUGCAUCUUUGAAGCAAUCUGUACCACCAUUGUCAGAGUCCGUUCUUAAAGUUCCUGCUCUUCCCCCUUCAUAUCUAGAGGUUGUUUUGGAGCAGGCGUCCACCGAAGGGGAGACAGUCCCAUCUGGUAAAGACGGUUAUCGUGAAAUGUCCAUUUCAAAAGCAGUUCAAUUAACUCAAGAUGAUGCAGUGAAAUCUUCCAUCUUUCUGGAGCUUGAUAUUUCUGAGCAGGAUGUUGCUUAUCAGCCUGGAGACUCCUUUGAUAUUCUCUGUCCAAACAGAGCUAGUGAAGUUGACGAGUUGCUGCUCAGACUGGAUCUGCAAAUGCAAAGGAAUUGUGCUGUUCAAGUCAGCUUGCUGAAAAACAGCAGUAAGAAAGCAGCAAAGGUUCCACUUCACAUCCCACAGAACAGCUCUUUGCAGUUUAUUCUCACCUGGGCUUUGGAGAUAAGGAGCAUUCCAAAAAAAGCGUUUGUGCGAGCGUUGGCGGACUUCACUCAGAGCAGUUCAGAAAAAAGAAGGCUUCUGGAACUGUGUAGCAAAGAAGGCUCAGCAGACUACAACAGUUUUAUCAGGGACACCAACGUAUGUCUGCUGGAUCUCCUUCAGGCAUUCCCAUCCUGCCUACCUCCGCUCAGCCUCGUGUUCGAGCAUUUGCCAAAGCUUCAACCCAGAGCCUAUUCUGCUGCCAGCUCCAGCCUUCAGCACCCUGAGAAAGUUCAUUUCGUGUUCAAUGUUGUGGAGUUCCCUGCAUGUCCCGAGCAUCCAGCGAGGACUGGGUUGUGCACGGGCUGGCUGGUUGAUCACGUCUCCUCAAUCUUGCAACCCCUUGGGACGGUACCUGCUUCAGAGUGCCUAGCCACAUCAGCCCUGCCGAAGGUACAUGUCAGACCUCGUCCAAGCAGCACCUUUCACUUACCAUCCGACCCCUCUGUUCCUGUAGUGAUGGUGGGCCCUGGGACAGGUGUGGCCCCCUUCAUUGGAUUUCUUCAACAAAGAGAGAAAGAACAUGAGACGAACCAGGAAGCAACUUUUGGAGAGACAUGGCUCUUUUUUGGAUGUCGCCACAAAGACAAAGACUUUAUUUUCAGAGAGGAAUUGGAGAGAUUUGCGCAUAAUGGAACGCUCAGCCAUCUGAUCGUGUGCUUCUCCAGAGAUGAGCCUGAUGCAGCGGGAACCAUUAACAGACCAACAUAUGUCCAACAUAACUUGCUUCUCCAUGCUAAAAAUGUUGCCAGGAUCCUUCUUAAAGACAAAGGCUGCCUUUAUGUCUGUGGGGAUGCUAAGAACAUGGCAAAAGAUGUGAAUGACACACUACUGGAGAUCAUAGGAAAUGAACUUCAACUCGAUAAACUGGAUGCUAUGAAGAUAGUAGCAGGACUUCGUGAAGAGAAGCGAUAUCUACAGGACAUCUGGAGCUAAGAAAGAACACACAAGUCAAUUUGACUGGGACACUUUUCCCAGUCAUCUCAAUUGCAAAAAUUGUCCCAAUCAACCUGAAUUCACCCUAUAGUACACAAACAAAUGGCAUCUUAUUGACAGAACAGACCUUGCACAAAUGUGCAAGCUCCUUUUUGGCCGUUUCAAUUCAAACAUGCCAUUAAGUGAUUAACUCAUUAACAAACUGCUUUUCAACUGGCUUAAGUCUCAAGGCUUUUAGAGAACAAUCUGAGGGUGUGGUGAAACGCUUCCAUUAGAUGGGUUAACUGUGCCUUUUAUGCAAUUAAUAAAGAGGAGCCCUGCAUAACCGUU